AUGGCCAACAUAUCGAUUAGCGCUCCUGGCCUGAACAGCGGCGGGUUUCUUUACAACAAUGGCAACAAUAAUGCUCGACUGUGCAUCACAGCUGAAUCCGAGGAUUUCGAUAUGGAGAUCAUCAAGAACUGGCAAGAGGAAGGAUUCGACGUGGUAUACCUCCCUUUUAACGGCGGAGGAAAAGACUUCGCUCGCCGACUGCAGUCCGUAAAGGACGGUCUCGGUGUAGGCGAAAACUACGGCGUGAUCGCGUACGGUGAUGCCGCGGACUUUUGUCUUGGCUACUAUAUCAAUUCUGUCAACGCCAGUCGACUCUGCGCCCUGGUCGCCUACUACCCCAGCCUAAUCCCCGAUACACGAUCGCGAUUCCCGCUCUCGCUCCAGGUUCUCGUGCACUUGGCAGGUGAGACUGUGGAUGUACUUGUUCAGCCCGUCGCCCUUGGCAUUCAAGGAAAGAAACGCCGACAGACCCGGCCGAUCAAUUCUGGUAUCGGGACUGGAGAGCGUUUGAAUCUGGCCUACCCAGCGUUUACGUAUGAUAAUGCCGAGCCCGGAUUUGCGGAGGCGGAUGUGGAGGAAUAUGAUCGCCUGUCGGCGGAUCUAGCCUGGACGCGGACUUUGAAGGUCCUGCGAAAGGGAUAUUCCCGGGAUCCGGAUUAUGAGCAGCGGUACGAGCAGCAUGUGGAUGGCAAGUUUUUCUCGUCAAAUGUCCGGAAGACGAUGGAUGGUUAUGUCCAACACAAAACUCCCGGUGUCACCUAUACGCCGACAAUCAGCGGCGGGAUCGGGAAAAAAGCCUUGCGCCAUUUCUAUGAACAUUACUUCAUCGGCAAACUGCCUUCAUCCAUGCGCCUCCGACUGCUAUCACGUACCACAGGAGCUGACCGCAUCGUGGACGAGCUGUACGUAAGCUAUGAGCACACACAGGAGAUUCCAUGGAUGCUACCAGGUGUCCCGCCAACAAACAAGCGAGUUGAGAUAAUCCUCGUGAGUAUUGUCAGUUUGCGCGCCGGGCGCCUUUACUCUGAGCACGUGUACUGGGACCAAGCCAGCGUCCUCGUGCAGGUCGGUCUCCUGGACCCCAAGUUGAUGCCGGCUGGAGUCCAGGGUGUCGAUCGACUACCCGUUGUUGGGCGCGAAGCUGCUCGUCGCAUCCUCCAUGAGGAUACGGAGCUCGAACAGGAAGACUACCACAACAAGAUGAUUCGUCGUGCACGUGCACGUGCGAGGAGAAACCUGAAUCAGAGCGCCCGCGCAUCGCAGGCUGGCGAUGAGUAUGGUGACAUUAAGAGUGAGGCGGAACAGUCAUUGCCUGAUAGGAGUCGAAAUAAGGGCAAGACCGUUCAGAAAACGAAGCCUGCAAGUCUGCAGCGGACCAACACAGAAAUGGCUGAACAUGAGAAUGAUGAUGGCGCUGAUACGGAGACAGAGUCUAAGGCUGGCGAUCAGACUGCCUAUGUCGAGGAUGGGGGAGAUGAUAGUGGUGAGAACGGGUCUAAGCAGACGUGA